GGUGGGGCACUGCGUGUGCGUUAAGUCGGGCGCUGUUUCAGGUGCGCGGCCUGGUGGUGGCCGAAGAUGACGAUGUCGUCGUCGGGCGAAUUGACGGCGGAUAUGCCGAGCGUCGACGAUGUUAUCGACUCGCUACGGAACUUCGGCCUCGCCGAUUACGGGGUCUUCGUGUCGAUGCUCCUUGGCUGCGGCUGCAUCGGCGUCUACUUCGGCUUCGUAAAGCGAUCGAGGGGCGAGGCCGAGUACCUCGUCGGCGGCCGCAACAUGAAGACUUUUCCCGUCAGCAUGAGCCUCAUCGCGAGCUUCAUAUCCGGGAUCUCGCUACUGGGAAUGCCCACGGAGAUUUACGUCCACGGGACGAGUUACUUGUGCAUUGGCCUCGGGGUCGUCAUCGUCGGCUUCAUCAUGUCCGGCGUGUACCUGCCCGUGUUCCACGAUCUCAGGCUCACCAGCACCUACGAGUAUCUGGAGUUGAGGUUCGACAGAAGAAUACGUAUAUUGGGAUCCCUACUCUUCGCAAUUGGAAUUAUAACUUGGUUGCCAAUUGUCAUCUACGUGCCGGCGCUCGCCUUCAAUCAAGUUACCGGAGUAAACAUCCAUGUGGUUACGCCAUUCGUCUGCAUCGUAUGCAUUUUCUACACGUGUAUGGGCGGACUGCGCGCAGUGGUAUGGACGGAUUUCGUUCAGACCUUCAUAAUGUUUGGCGCGAUGCUGCUAAUCGUUGUGAAAGGCACGGCGGACCUCGGCGGCCUCUCCGUCGUCAUCCGGCGGAACCUCGACUCGGGUCGCCUCGAGAUACCCACGGCCGAUUGGAGCCCACUGACUCGACACACCAUCUGGUCCCUCGUCCUCGGCGGCUGCGUCCACUGGCUCCAGAUCGCGGCCAUCAAUCAGAAUAUGAUUCAACGGUAUCUGUCUCUGCCAACAGUCGCCCACGCCAAGAGAGCUUUAUGGUCUUUCAUCAUCGGUGUUUUAAUUCUGAUCGGUAUUUGUGGAUACGCGGGUAUGCUGGUAUACGCUUGGUAUCACGAAUGUGAUCCUUUGACAACCAAACUUGCUAGAGCUAAGGACCAACUAUUGCCCCUAUUAAUGAUGAACAUUCUCGGGGACGUACCUGGAAUGCCAGGAUUAUUUGUAGCCGGUGUAUUUAGCGCAGCUUUGAGUUCCCUGUCAACUGGUUUGAAUUCCAUGGCGGCUGUCGUUUUGGAGGACUUUAUUAAGUCCUUUCGCAAGACUCCCUUCAGCCCCAAGACCGUCGACAUUCUCAUGAAACUGACUGUGCUGAUUCUGGGGGUCGCGUGCACCGGCCUCGUCUUCGUCGUCGAGAAGACGGGCUCGCACGUCCUGCAAUUAUCAAUGAGCCUUGGCGCUAUCACCAGCGGUCCCUCCCUCGGUAUUUUCAGCAUGGGAGUCCUCGUGCCCUGGAUCAAUGCCAAUGGUGCACUUAUUGGAGGCCUUUCUGGUCUUGCAUUCAUGGGCUGGAUUAGUUUAUCCGCGGAAGCUGCGAUUGCCAGUGGAAAAAUUCGAUUUGAUGAGAAACCAGUGAGUACCGAGGGUUGCACAUACUCGUUUCAAAAGUCCGAGAAUUUACUUCUUAUGCUGCCUCCAGAGACACUUUUGAACGAUCCAGUCGAAGGCGAGCCAAUGGUGAUUUAUCGACUUAGUUACUUGUGGUACACGGUCGCGGGUACCCUAGUGACGAUGUGCGUUGGCCUCCUCGUCAGCUUCGUCUCCUCCGAGAACGUGGACAAACUGGACCCCGCGCUCAUGGCACCUUUUAUCCGCAAGUAUCUUCGGCGUCAACGACCACCGCAGCAGCAGCAGCAGCAGCAACUUCAGGUAAUGAGACUGGGCCCAGCUAAGACUGGGAGUGCGUCAACGAUGGAUAGAGGAGGACGGGAAAGUAUCAGAGAGGUGCCGACGUUAUGAUGAAUGUCGCUGCUCCGACUAGCACAGAUGUGAUCGAUUAAUGAGCUUUAAAAUUUACUUUCUUUA